AUUGUGAGGUCCAUCUUGCCAAUUCGGAUGGGCCGUUUCUGAUUCGCAUCCUCCCCUCUCUCUUUCUCUCUCUCUCUCUCGCUCUCUCUCUCUCUCUCUCUGCUUCACCAGUGGAUCGCCGACCACCUCCGGAUCGUCAUCCGGCCGCGUGUCGGCGGAAUUUUAGGGGAACUGAUUUUGUCUGGGCGCCUUUCGCAGGAUUUGACUGGGGAAUUGUGUUAAGGGGAGCAGCAUCGUCUGCUCAUCAGGGUUCGUUUAUCGAGAUGGCGGAGAGGGCCUGCGUUAAGCGCCUUCUGAAAGAAUAUCGUGCAAUUUGUAAGGAACCUCCGCCGCAGAUUGCAGCUCGUCCUUCUCCUUCUGAUAUGCUGGAUUGGUAUUUUGUCAUUGAAGGAAGUGAUGGUACACCAUAUGCAGGUGGAUAUUAUUAUGGAAAGCUUAAAUUCCCACCUGAUUACCCAUUCAAGCCUCCCAGUAUCCGCAUGAUAACUCCUAAUGGUCGAUUUAGCCCCAAUGUUAGAAUCUGCUUAUCCAUGAGUGAUUUUCAUCCAGAGUCUUGGAAUCCAAUGUGGUCUGUAUCGAGUAUCUUAACAGGACUACUAUCCUUCAUGUUGGACAAUCACCAGACUGCUGGAAGCGUUAGAUCCUCUGAUGAUGAAAAACGGAAAUUAGCCAAAGCUUCUCUAUCAUACAAUUGUGAAAACAAAAAUUGUUCGAACUUCAAGAAGCUCUUCCCAGAAUACGUAGAGAAGUACUACCAGCAACAGAACCACAAACAAUUGGUCGUCCAACAGCCAGAGAAUAAUUUGCAUCCUCGCUCCGCCUCAGUUGAACAGACUUUACUGCAGGAUGAUUCGAGAGACAAGCUCAUCUUGAACAAUGACGCAGCCAGGGGGAGGCAGAGUAAGCCAGUGCCAUUUUGGUUAGUGCUGCUGUUAUUAUCUGUGUUUGGCAUUAUGAUAGCUUUACCACUCCUUCAAAUUUGAAGUUGUAAGGGAAAUAUAUGCCUUUCACUUUGGUAUAGAUUGGGCACCCAAAGACACUAAUUGCUAGAUUGUGCAUUAUAGAAUUUUCUGUAUAAUUCUAGUUGUUUGGCAUUGUGGUACCACUAUCAAGCUUGCAGCAAUUGCUCAAGAUGAUGAAAUGAAUUCCUUCAUUUAAGUAA